GUCAGAGCUUCACUUGCCACCCUGGCUCGAGACAUGCGUCGAAUCCUCGGUUGGCCCAUUAGUAGUUAACACAAUUGUCUUGAACUUUGGGACUUACGCAACACUGAAUUCCACGCAAUAAAGAACAUGGGCGCUGGUCGGUGAAAGUUUUACGACAUUUUCCGGCUUCUGAACUCUGCUGACAUGGCAGGCAUCCUCCAAAGAACCAGACCUGCACUGAGGCCGGCUCUCAGACACAUGAGCACCGGCUACAGCUUGUCCUCCGCGACCAUAGCCAGACUACACUUCCAUGCAGCUGGUCGUUCCACCUGCAGCUCGGCCCAGUCUGGUUAUUUGUCACGAAAGCUGAGCUCUGGGUCGGAUGGAUCAAGGCUUCUCCUGCUGCUGCCCCGAACGACGGUGUUUCUCCAGAGUAACUGAGGAAGACUUAGCUUUCUUCAGGAAGAUCCUACCAGGCAGAACCAUCAUCGACCAGACCUACUGGAGUCCAGCAAUGUGGAUUGGCUCAAGUCAGUCAGAGGCUCCAGCGAGGUGUUGCUGAGACCCCAAACCACGGCAGAAGUAUCUGAAUCCUCAGGUACUGUAAUAGCCGAAACCUUGCCAUUAACACUCAAGGAGGCAACACCGGACUGGUCGGAGGUAGUGUGCCGGUUUAUGAUGAGAUCGUCCUGUCCACUGCCCUCAUGAACAACAUCCUGACAUUUGACAGUGUCUCUGGUAUUCUGACCUGUCAGGCUGGUUGUGUCCUGGAGAAUCUGUCCCUCUACCUUGAUGACAGGGACUACAUUAUGCCUCUGGAUCUGGGGGCAAAGGGCAGCUGCCACAUCGGAGGAAACGUGGCCACUAAUGCAGGUGGGCUUCGACUGCUUCGAUACGGUUCUCUGAGAGGAACUGUGCUUGGGCUGGAGGUGGUUUUGGCAGAUGGGCGGGUCCUGGACUGUCUGGCCACACUGAGAAAAGAUAAUACAGGAUACGACCUCAAACAGCUCUUCAUAGGGUCAGAGGGCACACUCGGGGUCAUCACAGCAGUGUCCAUCCUGUGUCCACGUAAACCCAAAUCGAUCAACGUGGUAUUCCUUGGCUGUGAGACCUUUGAGCAGCUGCUGAAGACGUUCCAGCUCUGCAGAGGCAUGCUGGGAGAAAUCCUGUCUGCCUUUGAAUUCCUUGACAGUGAAUGCAUGAGACUGUUAAACACACACCUCAAACUGUCUAAUCCUAUAUCUGAUUGCCCGUUCUACAUUGUCAUAGAAACGGCCGGGUCUGACCAACAUGACGGGGAGAAGCUUCAUAAGUUCCUGGAGGAGGCCAUGACUUCAUCUCUGGUCACUGAUGGGACAGUAGCGACAGAGGACACAAAAUUAAAGCUUUGUGGUCUAUGCGUUGAGCGUGUCACUGAGGCUCUGACUCACGAUGGCUUCACCUACAAAUAUGACGUGUCCCUCCCCGUGGAGGAGAUCUACCAGCUGGUGACGGACAUGAGGCAACACCUGGGACGGCGUGCCAAGAGCGUGGUGGGAUACGGACACGUAGGCGAUGGGAAUCUCCACUUAAACAUCACAUCUCCAGCCAGAGACCAUGCCCUCCUGUCCGCCAUCGAGCCUUUUGUGUAUGAGUGGACGUCCCGUCACCAUGGCAGCAUCAGUGCUGAGCAUGGACUGGGUCUGAAGAAGAGGAACUACAUUUACUAUAGUAAACCCAGGCAGACGGUGGCUCUGAUGGGAAACAUUAAGACCAUGCUGGACCCCCGAGGCAUCCUGAACCCCUACAAGACUUUACCAGAUGACCUCAAGUGACCUCUGACCUUGUCUGUCCUCUUUGCACUUUUAGAGCCAAACAAUCAAGGUACUGGAAGGAGAAUAUUUUCAUGUCUGUGUAGACCACACAAUGAUAAGUUUUGUUUUAGUGCAGUAUGAUAAUUAGUACAAGUUACAACUAAAAACUACCUCAGUUUGGAAUGAAAGUCACUAAAACAAUGCAAAAUGAAGAAUGUGUCCAGUGGUGCAGUAUUGUUGAGAUGUAUGUUCUGUCCUGGUUACCACAAGGAGGCAAACAAGUACAGAUACAGUACAAAGUUUUGUACAGUACAAAAAAGUCACUCACGUUAAGCUCCUUGGAAGUGUACUGACUUGUACAAACUUAAAACACAGCCUAUAUUUAAGAACUUGAAGAGUUGUAAAUGAGCAGGACAACACAGCACACGUGAAUAAACUUAUUUGUGUAUGAUUUAUUUUAUUAUUAUGUGUAAUUGUUUCUAGAUGCUUUGACAACAUUGUUUCCAGAAAAUGUUACAAUGCCACUAAAGCCUAAUUUGAAUAUAACUGAAUAAAUCAAGAGAUAAGCUGA